GUUACACCUUUUGAAAUGCUGGUGGGCUGGAAAUGUAGAGGUACAUUUCCGUGCCUCUGGAGUAGCAAUGCAUCGGAGACGCUGGACCGUACAGACGUAAGAGAAAAGGACGCAACUUCUAAACUGGAAAGCAAGAAAUACGCAGACGCUAAACGAGGAGCCAAAUAUUCGGAUAUAGCUGUUGGAGAUAGAGUACUCAUAACGCAGCCUAAAAAGCAUAAAUCAGACCCAACAUUUUCUGCAGACAGGUUUACUGUCAUAGCUAGAGAGGGCGCCAAGGUGGUUGUAAGAAGCGACCGGGGUGUACAAUACGCUCGCAACAUACAAGACGUUAAACAGGUACCCGCAGAACUGGAAGCAGAGUCAGAGGAAAUGAUAAUCGAGCAAAAUGAUGAAGACCAUGUUCGUACACCAUCCCAAGCACAGCAAAUCCAAGAUAAUAAUGAACAUAAUGAAACAGCGACAACACGCCCCCAUAGAAUUAUUAAGAAACCUAAUAGAUUUAAGGAUAUGAUACUUUUCACAAUUUUUGAGUAAGGAGUAGGGGAAAGGGGUAUUGUAGGAGAAUGAGCAGAUACGUUCAACGAAAAUAUACAUAUAUCUAAAGAAACAAUAAACACUCAAAUUAUAAAUUCAUAUAACAAUAUUACGAAAUAUAGAAGUGGAAUUUCAGAUACAAAAAACAAAUGAAUAAAGAAUUUGCAUACAAUAUUGAGACAAAACAGAUAAUAUUCUUAUUAUACCAGAAAGGCAAAUGACAAGUUGGAUAAUAAGUUGUGAGAUA